AUGAAGAAAUUUCAAACUGCUACUUUUCACAAUUCUAUUGAUGCUUGGUUGGAAAUCAGUUUGUGCAACAAAUCUCCGCAAGUCGCAUUGAUUCAUUGUGCUGUCGUUUUCAACUUUUUAUUCAUCCUCUGGAAACUCAGGAAUUCCACCAAGCACCACAGUCGAAAGCCUUCCGCUACGUAUGAUAUUGAUUGGAUUAUGUUGCAGGUGCAAAUUUCCGGAAAUGCGUCUCUCAAAGCUUCCUAUAUCAACAUGCAAGAGUUUUCUUUCAUCAAAGAAUUCAAAGUUAACUUCAUCUCUCCUAAGGCUCCCUCUGUUAAAGAAGUUAUUUGGAAUCCUCCAGCUUUUGGUUGGAUAAAGUGCAAUUGCGACGAAGUUUUUAUUCAUGAUAAUGCUAAUGCGAGAUGUGGUUGUCUUUUUCAUAAUCAUAUGGGAGAUUUCAUCCUUGCCUUUGCGGAGCUUCUUCAUUGCGUCUCUUCGGUUCAUGCCGAAUUUGGAGCAGCAAUAUGUGCUAUGGAAAUCGCUAUUGAUAGGGGUUGGUCUAAGCUUUGGUUGGAAACCGACUCUAGAAAUAUUCUAACAAAAAAUUAG